GACGCUUGCAGGCGGAUGGACACCCUGUACGCGGCCAGGGUGCACGGCUUCGCGGCCCCGGGGCUCGUCAACCUGACAGGCCUCGAGGGCCACGAAGGCCUUUUGUCGCUAUUAGCCGUCUUAGGCAGCUCUGUGUCUCUCGUUGCGCUCGUCUUUGCUUUCAUCACUUACAGCCUGUUCUCCGACUUGCGCACCAUCUCGGGCACGGCGCUCAUCAAUUUGCUGGCGGCGCUGUUCAUGGUGCAGCUGCUCUUUGUCAUCGGUGUCGGCGGAGUGCAGGACCACGAUUUGUGUUGGUCGCUGGCGUUGGCGCUGCACUACAUGCGGCUGAGCGUGUUCUGCUGGCUGGCCGCGAUGACCUUUGACUUGUACUGCUGCUUCCGGGAGAACGUGUCGCUGGUGGCCGCCCUGCCGUCGCCGCCCGCCCUGCGCCAGUCCUUCGCGCGCCUCUCGCUGUUCGCGUGGGGCGCCCCCCUCCUCCCCACGCUGGCCGCCGGCCUCCUGCAGAUGCGCCCCGCGGCCGCCGGCCUCUCCGACCCCAACUGCUGGUUCCUUGACGACGUGCCCGCGGCGGCCACUUUCGCCGUCCCGGCCGCCGCCCUUCUUAUUGCUGACCUCGCCUUCCUGGUGCGCGCCGCGGCCGUCGCUCGCGCGGCCGUCGGCCUCCAACUCGAGCAGCGUGUCAAGGCCAAGAUGUUGCGCAGGCGACGGCUGCAGUUGUGGCUGUUUUUCCGGCUGGCCGCCUUCCUGGCCGUGGUCAGCGCCGUAGGAGUGUUCGGCCGCCUCAUGCACAGCCAACUGCUGCUGGCCGUGUUCAGCGUGGCCGCCGGCCUGCAGGGCCUGGUGGUGGCGCUCAGCGUGGCCUGCAGCUGCCGCGUCCUCAAACUGUACACGCGACCGCGCCGGCCGCCUCCCGCGGCCAGGCCGGGGGCGCUGCACAAGGCGCCUAGCGCCAUGCACCUCCUCCAGUGCGACGCCUCCCCGGUCUGAGACCACAAAUAAAAAUUCAACUUUACAUAUAUCAGUGGCUACAUACAAUCCAUAGUUGUAAAAUUAAAUGCAAUCUCUGAAUUAAUAAAUGUCUAUUUUGGUGUUUAUUUAAAAGAAUUUUAUUUUAGAUUGUUACAAAAUUAGCUUGUAUUCCUGUGAAAUUUCCAUUCAGUCUGUUAUGUGAGCAAGCGAGCAAGGUGCGAUAUAAAUUUGAAAUUUUUUAUGA